GUUUGCAAAUGAGUAGUUUUAAGGUGAUUAAAAAUGAUGAAGUUAGUUCAAUUUGUCGUAACAAAAAGCCUAAAUCCAGGAGCCUGCCUGUUUGUUCUUCUUCACUCACCUAAUUCUUCUUCUUCAACAAUGGCUAUGUUCUGCUAACAUAGAAUAGAAUAGAUCCAACGCAACUAUUACUCUUUCAGCUUUAGCCAAAAAACGCUUCAGCUCCUUACUGUUUCAAUUUAAACGAAAAAUGCGGCCAUUGUACCCAUCAUACUCCCCUAAUUCCCUUCUGGGGAACUUCCAAUUACACCUUGCUACACCUCACCAUUCAUCUUAGACCCAAUGUUUCCAGCUAAACCACAUCACUAGCAGCAAUCAAUUGAAUGUUUCGCCAUGCGAAUCUGCUGCGUCUAUCAACUACUGCUUGCCCUUUUGGUUGUAGUAACUCUUAUUCCCGUGGCACUUGGUGAUCUAGACUCUGAUAAACAGGCCCUUCUUGCCUUUGCUUCUGCAGUUCCCCAUGGCCCGAAGUUCAACUGGAGUCUUGCCACUCCUAUAUGGUCAUCUUGGGUAGGCAUUACUUGUAGUGAAGAUGGAGCCCGUGUAGUCGCUGUACGACUUCCAGGAGUUGGACUCACUGGUCCACUCCCACAAAAUACUCUUGGAAAGAUCGAUUCUCUAAGGAUUAUCAGCCUUCGAGCUAAUCGACUCAAUGGAAAUCUUCCUGUGGAGAUCACCUCACUUUCUUCCCUCCAAUGCCUCUUCCUCCAGCAAAAUAACUUCUCUGGACCUAUUCCUUCUUCUUUUCCAAAUAAACUGAAUGUUUUGGACCUUUCAUGUAAUUCCUUUAUUGGUAAGAUUCCUGUAACUCUUCAGAAUUUGACUCAACUAACUGGGUUGAGCUUGCAGAACAACUCGCUGUCUGGACCAAUUCCCAGUCUCACCCUCCCAAGGCUAAGACAUUUAAAUUUAAGCUACAACAGUCUUAAUGGUUCCAUUCCAUCAGCCCUCCAACAGUUCCCCAACUCUUCAUUUGAAGGUAACUCACUCUUGUGUGGGCUACCCUUAAAUCCAUGUUCCCCUCUUUUACCACCAGCCCCUUCCCCAAACAUUCCUCCAAAACGAAGCUCAAAGAAAAAACUGAAAUUAGGCAUUAUUAUUGCUAUUGCUGCUGGAGGGGCUAUGCUCCUCUUUCUGGUAAUUCUGGUCAUGUAUUUGUGCUGUCGGAAAAGGAAAGAAAGCAAUGUGCUGAAAAGGAAGUCUUCAAGUGAAAAGCCCAGGGAAGAGCUUGGUAGUGGGGUACAAGAGGCUGAUAGAAAUAAGCUGCUUUUCUUUGAAGGCUUCUCUUACAAUUUUGAUCUUGAGGACUUGCUGAGGGCCUCUGCUGAAGUGCUAGGAAAGGGGAGUUUUGGAACUGCAUACAAGGCUAUUUUAGAGGAGUCAACAACAGUAGUAGUAAAAAGAUUAAAAGAAGUCAUUGUUGGGAAGAAGGACUUUGAACAGCAGAUGGAAAUUAUUGGUAGAGUUGGGCAACAUCCAAACACUGUCCCUUUACGUGCUUAUUAUUACUCCAAGGAUGAGAAGCUACUUGUCUAUGAUUAUUUCUCAAGCGGCAAUUUGUCUGUACUCUUGCAUGGAAGCCAUGCUUCUGCUGGAAGAACUCCACUGGACUGGGAAUCAAGAGUGAAAAUAUCACUUGGAGCAGCACGAGGAAUCGCCCAUAUUCAUUCAAUUGGUGGUCCAAAAAUUAGUCACGGAAAUAUAAAAUCGUCUAAUGUACUCCUCCUCAACCAAGAUAUGGGUGCUUGUGUUUCUGAUUUUGGUUUAGCGCCAGUUAUGAACUUCGCUGCAGCACCAGCUCGCCAUCCAGGUUAUCGGGCUCCUGAGGUGAUUGAAACAUGGAAGCACACUCAUAAAUCAGAUGUGUACAGCUUUGGUGUCCUAAUGCUUGAGAUGCUAACAGGCAAGCAGCCUAUUCAAUCACGAGGGCGUGAUCACAUGGUUGAUCUUCCUAGGUGGGUCCAGUCAGUUGUCAGGGAAGAAUGGACCGCUGAGGUCUUUGAUGUCGAGUUGAUGAGAUUUCAAAACAUCGAAGAGGGGAUGGUGCAAAUGCUACAAAUUGCUAUGGCAUGUGUUGCAAGAGUUGCAUACAUGAGACCCACCAUGCAUGAAGUUGUUAGAAUGAUACAAGACGUCCGCCAAUCCGACUCCGAUAAUCGCCCAUCUUCAGAAGACAAUAAAACUGUGCAGACCCCUUGAUUCUUUUAUUUGGAUUUCUGAGUUACAACUUGUAAGUCCUCAGAUAUUCAACAGCAUUUGUGCC